AUGCCGUUUUGUAUAUUUAAUAAUUUUUUAGUAAAAGGACCAAUAUCUACUUUAUAUUCUAUCAAUAAACUACACAUCAGCUACCCAGUCAGGUUCAUCUUUAAUCUUACGAAUCGGUAUAAAAACCAUGAUAUAUCUACUCAGAAUAAAAAUUUAAGUCUCAUCAGCUUAAGUGAGGAGGUAAAUAGUGACUAUAUCAAGUACUUUAAGUAUAAAAAGGACCUGAUGAAAUCAUUCAAACAGGGGUACAUAAAAAGGGUACGACUAAGUGCCCCUAACAACAGAAAAUAUAUUAAAAUACGGGAUCGCAAAAGAAACUAA